ACUGUGAGAGAAAAUGAAACUAAAUCUUGUCAGUGUUCGUGGUAAAAUGGCAGACGCCAGUGUUGCAGUGGAUCAGAACCAAUUCAGCUGCCCAGUCUGUCUGGAUCUACUGAAGGAUCCAGUGGCUAUUCCCUGUGGGCACAGUUACUGUAUGAGCUGCAUUAAGAGCUGCUGGGAUCAGGAGGAUCAUGCUGGAGUUUACAGCUGCCCCCAGUGCAGACAGACCUUCACACCCAGACCUGUUCUGGGCAGAAACACCAUACUGGCUGAAGUGGUGGAGAAACUGAAGAAGACUGGACUACAAGCAGCUACUCCUGCUGACCAGUAUGCUGGAACUGGAGAUGUGGAGUGUGACGUCUGUACUGGGAGAAAACACAAAGCUGUCAAGUCCUGCCUGGUGUGUCUGGCCUCCUACUGUGAAACUGACCUGCAGCUUCACAAUAAACUCCACCAUGCAAAACAGCACAAGCUCAUUGAUGCCACCGGCCAUCUGAAGGACAAGGUCUGUUCCCACCAUGACAAACCCCUGGAGGUCUACUGCCGUACCGACCAGCAGUGUAUCUGUUAUCUCUGUUUGAUGGAUGAACACAGAGGCCAUGAUACAGUCUCAGCUGCUGCAGGAAGGGCGGAGAAACAGAAACAAAUGGGUGAAACACUGCAAGAAUUUCAGAAGAGAAUUCAGAUGAGAGAGAAGGAGCUGCAGGAGCUGAGAGAGGCUAUGGGCUCAAUCACAAGCUCAGCACAGUCAGCAGUGAAGGACAGCGAGAGGAUCUUCACUGAGAUGAUCCGCUCCAUUGAGAGAAGACGCUCUGAGGUAACACAGCUGAUCAGAGAUCAGGAGAAGGCUGCAGUGAGUCAGGCUGAAGGGCACAUGGAGAGACUGAAGCAGGAGAUUGAUGAACUGAAGAGGAGACACUCUGAGCUGGAGCAGCUUUCACACACAGAGGAUCUCAUCCAUUUCCUCCAGAGGUACCAGGGUCUUCCUGUCACCCCUGAAGCUGAAUUUGGACCCAGAAUCUCGGUCAGUCCACGCUGCUCUUUUGAGAAUGUGAGGAAGGUGGUUUCUGAACUGAAGGAUCAACUGGAGAAUGUUUGCGAAAAGAAAACAACAGAGAUAAAUCACACAGUUACCAAAGACACCAUCCUACCAAUAUUAGUGCCCAGAACCAGAGCAGAAUUCUUACAAUAUUCCUGUCAGCUCACUCUGGACCCCAACACAGCAAACAGAUCCCUCCACCUGUCUGAGGGGAACAGAGUAGUGACAUGGAAUAAAGACACAAAGUCAUAUCCUGAUCACCAGCAGAGGUUUGACACACUCCCCCAAGUGCUGUGUACAGAGGGUCUGACUGGGCGCUGCUACUGGGAGGUUGAGUGGAGUGGGGCUGUAGUUAAUAUCGCUGUGACACAUAGAGGGAUCAACAGGAAAGGAUGGGGUGACGACACCAAGCUUGGAUGCAAUGACAAGUCCUGGUGUUUGUACUGCUCAACCUCCAGUCACUCAUUCUGGCACAACAACAUUAAAUCUGCAGUGUCUGCCCCCCCCUCCUCCAGGAUAGGAGUGUACCUGGAUCACAGGGCAGGAACUCUGUCCUUCUACAGCGUCUCUGACACAAUGACCCUCCUGCACAGGGUCCAGGCCACGUUCACUGAGCCCCUCUAUCCUGGGUUUCAGCUUUGGUACAGUACAGCCAAACUGAGCUAAGUAAGCUAACUAAUAUCUCUUUAUAUUUGGAGUAUUUAAUCUUCAGUAUAAAAAGUGGAAAUAAUGAAUAUGAAAAUAGACACAAGAAAAUUUAAAAAUGUUUUAUAAUGUAUGCAUUUUGCCCAUUUAUAGGUGUAAAUAACAACAAAAUAAAAAUGAAUACCUUUCAAAGUUUUUAUGUGAAAUUUCUGUACAGUGAUCCAAAGUUUGCUCUCACCUGUAUAUGUGUCUGUGUGUAUUCCUUCAGAUAAUAGUAACAGGUUUAAUUAUCACAUUGUUCAAAAUGUUUCCUUCUGUCAAAUGAAAAGGAUUAUUUUUGUCAAAGAAUGAUGCAUUAUGCCGUCAUUUAAACUUCUUAUUGAUAAUAAGUACAACCACAGUCAAUCAGUAUAAAUUCAUCAGUUGUCAUGCUUUUGUCAUGUAAGAUAUCUGUAUGAAUGAUUGCUAUGCCACUGCAGUUGCUAUCUUUGAUAUCAAAUCGUCUUAAAGUGCAAAAACUAUACAGUGCAUCUAUCCCUGAGCUAAUAGCGAAGGUGUGUCUUUGUCAGAUUUAAGGGUUUGGUGAAUUUUUAAAUAAAUAAUAGUAAUAAGAGUCAAAGGAAGCCAUUGUCAUGUCAAAUGCUUUAAAGCAGUCAUUGGUCGUAACUGUGUUGCAAACUGUAACCUCAUGUCAUGAAGCGAUGGAAGGUCAAAUGCGACACAUUAAUGUAGAUUUAUUUUUAUAAAUGUUCCUACGUCUAAAUGAGUUUCACUACACAACCGUUGUGGAUUACUUGUAAAAUAAAGACAAUUCUUCAUCUUGCAGUCAUAUUAAA